AUGACGUGCCAGGCAGCUGAGAGAGACCUGUCGCCCCACGGUCUCUCGGUGAAGACCACAUUAGAGGAGGAAAUUGGGAGAGCGGAGAGUAUCCUUAGCAGGGUGCCCUCAGUGUGUGAUGACACAUCGUCUGAACUCCAACGAGUCGCUGCCCUCGAUCCUCAAGGGGACAAUUCAAGAAAUUCCUCUCAAAGGAGGGGGGCGAUCUCAAGACUGGUGAAUCUGGUGGUGACUCUGAGAGAAUGGGCACACAGGAGCUUGCUAGAGGCUGAUGAACGGCCGGACUCUUUCCUGGAGCGCUUUCGUGGACCUGAGCUGAGAAUUGCCCCCAGUCGCAUCAGCAAUACACAACCGGAUGCCAAUGGCAACAAUGCCAAGGGGAUCUUUAAGGGAAAAUGGGAACUGUUCGUGGUGUCCCCAUCAGAUGAUGCGUACUACCGUUGGCUAUUUGUUAUUGCCAUAGCUGUGCUCUACAACUGGAUCCUUGUUGUGGCAAGGGCAUGCUUUGACAAGCUACAGGUGGGAAAUUACAUCUGCUGGCUGGUGUUGGAUUAUCUUUCUGACCUUGUGUACAUAAUGGACACUUGUGUCAGACUUCGCACAGGGUUCCUGGAGCAAGGUUUGUUGGUGAAAGAUCAUGCCAAACUGAGAGACAGCUAUAUCCGUACAUUCCAAUUCAAGUUGGAUGUGGUGUCCAUCCUCCCAACAGAUUUGGCUUACAUCACCACAGGCAUACACAUGCCACAGCUCAGGUUCAACCGUCUGCUACGCUUCCCACGCAUGUUUGAGUUCUUUGACCGCACCGAGACACGCACCAACUACCCCAACAUCUUUCGCAUCUGCAAUUUGGUGCUCUACAUCCUGGUCAUCAUUCACUGGAAUGCUUGCAUCUACUUUGCUAUCUCAAAGUCUUUGGGGUUUGGCUCGGAUACCUGGGUGUACCCAAACAUCUCCAAUCCUGAGUACAGCUCCUUAACCCGUGGCUACGUCUACUGUCUGUACUGGUCGACCCUAACUCUUACCACCAUAGGAGAGAUGCCUGCACCGGUGCGGGAUGAGGAAUACCUGUUUGUGGUCUUUGAUUUCCUUGUUGGGGUGCUGAUCUUUGCCACUAUUGUGGGGAACGUGGGCUCAAUGAUUGCCAACAUGAAUGCGACACGUGCGGAGUUUCAGGCCCGCAUUGAUGCCGUAAAACACUACAUGCACUUCCGUAGAGUCAGCAGAGAGCUGGAGGCCCGAGUCAUUAAGUGGUUUGAUUACCUCUGGACUAACAAGAAAGCAGUGGAUGAACAGGAGGUGCUCAAGAAUUUGCCCAACAAACUACGGGCCGAGAUCGCCAUCAAUGUACACCUGGAGACCCUGAAAAAAGUUCGCAUCUUUCAAGACUGUGAGGCGGGACUGUUGGUGGAGUUGGUGCUUAAACUCCGCCCACAGGUCUACAGUCCAGGAGACUAUAUCUGCCGUAAAGGUGACAUAGGAAAGGAAAUGUACAUCAUUAAAGAGGGAAAGCUGGCUGUGGUGGCUGAUGAUGGGGUUACACAAUAUGCCCUCCUCACAGCCGGCAGCUGCUUCGGGGAAAUCAGCAUUCUGAAUAUAAAAGGUAGCAAAAUGGGGAAUCGUCGCACAGCCAACAUCCGUAGCCUUGGUUACUCCGAUCUCUUCUGCCUCUCUAAGGAUGACUUGAUGGAGGCAGUUACGGAGUAUCCAGAUGCUAAGAAGGUGCUUGAGGAGAGGGGCCGGGAGAUCUUGAUGAAGGAGGGUCUCCUGGACGAGAAUGCAGAAAGUGGUGGGCUAGGUAAAGAGGACACAGAGGAGAAGGUGGAGAGGUUAGAGUCCUCUCUGGACACCCUGCAGACUCGGUUUGCGCGUCUGCUCAGUGAAUUCACAGCCACUCAACAAAGGCUGAAGCAGCGUGUCACCACCCUGGAGCGGCAGCUGAAUCAUUCGUGCUGUGGUGUCUUGCCAGAUGCUGAUAUAGACACAGAUACAGAAGCGGCUGUUGAGACAGAGCCUACGCUUGUUGUCAAUGCAGAGGUCAACACAUGA